UCGCGAGACUUGGCGCAGAAGAUUGCGGAUCGGGUCGGCGCCAUUUUGGGACGGAGACUGGUUGUGGGGGAGGGAAAAGCGGCAAAAGGGGAUUAUUCAAAGUACCGAAAACCUCCUCCCGGGAUCGAGCACAGCGGCACCCCCAGGCCAGGGGCACCUCUGGUGUGGCAGAAGGUGAUCGAAUUACUCAGAUAUGAAGAUCAUCUUCUAGGUUUUGUGCAAAAGGCCCCGGAUAUUUCAAGUGGCCAUUUUGGAAUUACAAUGUUUUUGGAUGAUUUUGCCCCAGAAGUUUAUUAAAAAUGACAAGAAUCAUCUCUGAAGUGAAUUGAUAGUAGUGAACAAUUCUACAAGCUACUUAAAAAGAGACCCAGGCAUUUCUUCAGUAUUUUGGUUCAAACGGAUUAUAUAACUGGUUAAAGUAUUUCAGCUGGUGGUAUUUUUGCCUCUCUCCCCAACCCCUCCCCUGUUGUUGGUGUUCUUCAGCCAAAACUGUAAGAUAUGUUUGAUUUGUGUACUGAGUAGUUUCUCGGCAGUUUCAAAUUACUGUUUAAAUAUUGCUGAAGUUUCAUGGCAGUUUAUUUUGACCUUUAUUUAAAGUUUUAGGAAUUUUUGACCUCACCUCUUUUCGUGUCACAAUGGGACAGCUUUUCUAAAUGAAGACAUUGAACGAAUACAGAGUUUUUUUGCUUUUAUCUUUCAUUUACGUGGAAAUUUAAGAUGUUGCAGCUUCCCAGCAGCAUGGUAGUAUUGAGAUAGCUGUGUCUCUGUUUAUGCUGAUGUUUAGGAAUGCUCUUCAGAUGUGAAAUUUUCUUUUUGUUUUUGCUUUUUGGCUCAUAAAUUGGAUAUUUCAUCUGGAGUGGAUAAGUACAACAGUGACAAGUACAUGGAAUAAUAAAGAAGACUUUAAAAUCUUAAGUCCAAGGAACUUGGCUAAUUCUGGAGAUAGCCAUAUGAAAACUUUAAAACAGAAGUAUGGGUAGCUGACUGAACUAACUCUAUGUCAAAUAGCCAUAGGUUAAGUAUCUUCAAAGAACUUGGAUAUUAUUUCAGAGGAUACAAAAUAAAAAAACAAACUGGAAAACAUAAAGAUUGCAGAGAAAAACCCAACACCUUCCUGUGCAGUUCUGUUGGAAUUUGUUCCAUGUUUUGCUGUAAUUGUUUACAGAACUCAAGGAAACACUACUGUUACUGGUUUAUUGUAAAGGAUACUCUAGAGGACACAACUGAACAGCCAAAUGAAGAGGGACUUGCCAUGAGGUGUUGAAGCCUUGUUUCGCUGAGUUGGAGAGACUGGACCUAAAUGGCGCAGCAUGACUUUGCUCCAGCCUGGCUUAAUUUUCCUACCCCACCAUCAUCAACAAAGUCGUCAUUGAAUUUUGAAAAGCAUUCUGAGAACUUUUCAUGGACAGAAAAUCGUUAUGAUGUGAAUCGUCGACGACACAACUCUUCAGAUGGCUUUGAUUCUGGUAUUGGACGUCCUAAUGGAGGUAACUUUGGAAGGAAAGAAAAAAGUGGAUGGCGUACACAUGGAAGAAAUGGUACUGAAAACAUAAAUCAUAGAGGGGGAUACCAUGGUGGAAGUUCCCGUUCUCGUAGCAGUAUUUUCCAUUCUGGAAAAAGCCAAGGACUACAUGAAAACAACAUACCUGACAGUGAAACAGGGAGGAAAGAAGACAAGAGAGAACGCAAACAGUUUGAAGCUGAGGAUUUUCCAUCUUUAAAUCCUGAAUAUGAGAGAGAACCAAAUCAGAAUAAAUCUUUAGCUGCAGGUGUAUGGGGCCUACACGCCCAGACACACACAUACCCAACCAAAAAAAUCUCCCAAGCUCCUCUCUUAGAAUAUCCCCCGAAUCCUAAGUCUAGAACUCAAAGGAUGCUGGUCAUUAAGAAAGGUAAUACAAAAGACUUACAGCUAUCUGGAUUCCCAGUAGUAGGAAAUCUUCAGUCACAGCCAGUUAAGAAUGGGACUGGUCCAAGUGUUUAUAAAGGCUUAGUCCCUAAACCUGCUGCUCCACCCAUGAAACCUACACAAUGGAAAAGCCAAACUAAAGAAAAUAAAGUUGGGACUUCUUUCCCUCAUGAGUCUACAUAUGGUGUCGGAAACUUCAAUGCUUUUAAAUCAACUGCCAAGAAUUUUAGUCCAUCAACAACUUCAGUGAAAGAGUGUAAUCGCUCAAAUUCCUCUUCACCUGUUGACAAACUUAACCAACAGCCUCGUCUAACCAAACUGACACGUAUGCGCACUGAUAAGAAGAGUGAGUUUUUGAAAGCGUUGAAGAGGGACAGAGUAGAAGAGGAACAUGAAGAUGAAAGUCAUGCGGGCUCAGAAAAGGAUGACGACUCAUUUAAUUUGCAUAACAGCAAUAGUACUCACCAAGAAAGGGAUAUAAACCGAAACUUCGAUGAAAAUGAAAUUCCACAAGAGAAUGGCAAUGCCUCAGUAAUUUCCCAGCAGAUCAUUCGGUCUUCAACCUUCCCACAAACUGAUGUUCUUUCUAGUUCACUUGAGGCAGAACACAGAUUGUUAAAGGAGAUGGGCUGGCAAGAAGACAGUGAGAAUGAUGAAACAUGUGCUCCCUUAACUGAGGAUGAAAUGAGAGAAUUCCAAGUUAUUAGUGAACAGUUACAGAAGAAUGGUCUGAGAAAAAAUGGUAUUUUGAAAAAUGGCCUGAUCUGUGACUUCAAGUUUGGACCCUGGAAAAACAGCACUUUCAAACCCACUAUUGAGAAUGAUGACACAGAGACAAGUAGCAGUGACACAUCGGAUGACGACGACGUGUGAAGGAUUUCCUAACAGCUUUAGAAAUUUUAGUGUGAUACAUCUCUCAUACAGUUUGGGGUGAAUUGUAAAAAUGAAGAACUAUAAUUUAUGUAGUAAAAUACCCCAUUAGAAGAUGAUUUUUUUGGGGGACUUCAAUAUGAAGAAAACCAAGAAUGUUGUGUUGGGCUGUGUUGAACAUUAUUUCUUUGUAAAUUAAUGUUGUAGAAAUGAGGACUUUGGUUGAUCCAGCAUUGACUUUCUUCAUCACUGCAGCAUUUCUCUGACUAGCAAUGUGACGAUGUAACAAAUGAGAUUUUCUCAUUUAAUAAUAAAAAAAUUGUGUAAUGUUUUGCAAAGCUUCUGUCUUAAAAUGUCCAGGUCUUAAGAAAAAAGGCAGCUUACACUGUUUUGCUUGCAGUCAUAUCUUUUUCGUACAAUGGAAAUCCUCAAAUCCACUUUGUGCGGCUCUCCCCCACCCCCAAACCUCCCCCCUCCAAAAAAGGGACAAUGUAGCAUGUUGGCUAAAACUGGAGCAAAGUGCACUAAAACAUUAAUUUCCUGAACUCAGCUGUUGUACUAGUCACCUUUUAAAACAUAAAUUGCUCUUUAACGAUUUGUAGUUCAGUAAAUGUUGCAGGAAAGGCUUGCCACACUUUCUUCCAAAUUUUAAGAGGUGAUUUUCAAGAGCUUUAUUUGGGUAUGUUGUCAGACCAGGAUUUUCAGAGUUGAUGGAAAAGAGUCUUGUGGGAAAACUUAUUUUGAUAAAUUAUUACACAUGCAGAAGAACUGAUCACACUGACUGGAUCUGUCCACAACAUGGAAAAUAAACUGGAUUUUCAGAAUAUUGUCGUUCUCUGUAGUGUUCAAGGUAUUGGUCUCUA